GAGCUCCAGACACAGUUAGAGGAAUUCAGAAGAAAAUCUGAUCGUGAACUAAAGCAGCGUGAGAAAGAAAAAGAAGUCCUAACUGGGAAACUUCAAAACUCUUCACUUGAGGUGGCUCAGCUGAAGCAAAUACUCGAUCAACAAGCAAAUAAUUUCAAGGAGUCACUGAAGAAGCAUAAUCUACAGUCCAACAAAGAAAAAGAGAAGCUUUUGCAGGAUCUUCAAAACACCAUUAAAGAAAACCAGAAUGUUAAACUGCAGCUGGAGGCAUCACAUCAAAAAGUCUUAAACAUGUUGGAGAAAAGCAAGAAUCAGGAACUCAAGGAGGCAGAAGAACGUUUGAAAAAAGAAUUUAAUGAGACUUUCAAGAUCCAACAUCAGUCUCAUAGGCUGGAAAUUCAAGCCUUGGAAGAGAAAGCAAAGAAAGAAUUACAUGAUGAACUGGACCAGAUGCAGAAGAAGCAAACCCUAUUGCUAGGAUCUCUAAGGAUGGAACUCUCUGAGCAACAGACAUCGUGCACUAAUCUCAAGAAACAAAUAGCAGAACUCCAAAUGGAGCUGAGGAGUGUGAGGACACUGAAGAAGCAACAGGAAGGAAGUAGCCAGAGCCAGAUCAGAUCUCUUCAUGAUGAACUGGAAAAAAGUCAGAGUGAAAUUUCCGAACUCAAGAAAGAGAAUUUGCUUUUGAAGGACACAAUGGAGCUACUCAGUGAUGAGUUGGAGUCGCAGAAGCAAGAAGCUGCACAGCUUCAGGAUAGGGACAAACAGCACAGAAGGAAACGGGGCUAGCAAUGUGAUGUGCAAACCUGUUAGUGUUUUACACCAGGGGCUGGAUUUUACACUGGACAGGUAUGGUGGGUUAACCCUGGUGGCAAUUUAUUUUGGAACUCC